AUGGGUGUUAUUGAAAAGAUCAAAGCCAUCGAGGAAGAGAUGGCUCGUACUCAAAAAAACAAGGCCACAGAGCAUCAUUUGGGUCUACUAAAGGGUAAAUUGGCAAGAUAUAGACAACAGCUUUUGGAAGAAGCUGCCAACAGUAAUGGAAGUGGUGGUCCGGGCACUGGGUUCGAAGUAGCGAAAAGUGGAGACGCUCGUGUCUGUUUAAUUGGUUAUCCUUCUGUCGGUAAAUCUAGUUUAUUGGGCCAAAUAACAGAAACUAAAUCAGAAAUUGCCCACUAUUCCUUUACUACUUUAACAUCUGUCCCUGGUGUUUUAAAAUAUCAAGGAGCUGAAAUCCAAAUUGUAGAUUUGCCAGGUAUUAUUUAUGGGGCUUCCCAGGGGAAGGGACGUGGUAGACAAGUUGUUGCCACUGCUAGGACAGCUGAUUUAAUCUUGAUGGUCUUGGAUGCAACAAAGGGUGCGCAUCAGAGGGAGAGUUUAGAAAAGGAAUUAGAAGCAGUUGGAAUUAGGUUAAAUAAGGAAAGGCCAAAUAUUUAUUUCAAGAAGAAGGAGACUGGUGGUAUCAAGGUUAACUUUUUGUCUCCGCCAAAGGCUAAUUUAACGGAAGAAGCUAUAAAGUUACUUUUGAAGGAUUAUCGGAUUCAUAAUGCAGAAGUGUUGGUUAGGGAUGACAAAUGUACCAUAGAUGAUUUCAUUGAUAUUUUAAAUGACAAACAUUGCAAUUAUAUAAAAUGUCUUUAUGCCUAUAACAAGAUAGAUUCUGUAUCACUAGAAGAAGUUGAUAGAUUGGCUCGUCAGCCUAACACAGUGGUUAUAUCAUGUGAACAAAAAUUGGGAUUAGAUGAUUUAGUGGAUGAAAUAUGGUAUCAAUUGAAUGUGAGUCGUGUUUAUACUAAGAAAAGAGGGUCUAAACCUGAUUUCUCAGAUCCUUUGGUUGUUAGAAAUGACUCUACUAUUCAAGAUUUAUGCCACUCCAUCCAUAGGGAUUUUAAAGAUAAGUUUAAGUAUGCAUUGGUCUGGGGCUCUUCUGCAAAGCAUUCUCCUCAAAAAUGUGGAUUGACACACAAGAUACAUGAUGAAGACGUGCUUACCUUAUUUACUAAAUGA